AAGUCCAAGCACUGGGGACUGUGUCACCAGCCUGCGUGGAAGCCACUGGGGACUGCUGGCUGUGGUAUAAAUACAGGUCGGCAGGGCACAGCCGAGGAGCAGCAGCACGGAGUGGCUCACUUUGCCUGGCCAGUCCCUGAGCCCAAACAGCGCAGGAUGUCUCUGAAGGCUGCCACCCUUGCUCUGGCACUUCUCGCCAUCACAGGGGCCCAUGCAGACGUCAGUGCCCAGCAGGUGGCCGAUGUGGUCUGGAAUUACUUCACACAGCUGACUGGCAAUGCCAAGGAGACCAUGGAGCAGAUCCAGCAAUCUGAAAUCAGCAAGCAGCUCAACACCCUCUUCCAGGACAACCUCCAGAACGUCAACUCCUACACGGGGGACCUGCAGAAGAAGCUGAUCCCCUUCGCCACCGAGCUGCAUGCCAAGCUGAGCCAGGACUCAGAGAAGCUGAAGGAGCAGAUCCGGAAGGAGCUGGAGGACUUGCGCCUCAAGCUGUCCCCUUACGCCGACGAAGUACACCAGCAGAUCAGCAAGAACAUCCAAGACCUGCAGCUCAAGCUGAGCCCUUAUGCCGAGGAGCUGCGUGGCCAGGUCAACCAGAAUGCGGAUUUGCUGCACAAGCAGCUGGCCCCCUAUGCCCAAGAGCUGCGGGACAAGCUGCAGGAGAAUGUGGACGGCCUCCAGGCAGCUCUGGCCCCCUAUGCCGAGCAGCUCCAGCAGCAGAUUGACAAAAACGUAGCAGACAUGAAAGAGAAGCUGGCGCCCUUGGCCGAUGAGCUCCAAGUCAAGAUAGACCAGAACGUGGAGGAACUGCGCAAGCAGCUGGCCCCCUAUGCCCAGGAUGUGCAGGACAAGCUCAAUCGCCAGCUCGAGGGCCUGUCCUUCCAGAUGAAGAAGGGUGCAGAGGACCUGCGGGCCAAGCUCUCGGAGAGCGCGGAAGAGCUGCGCCUGAAGCUGAAUCCUUAUGCCGAGGAGCUGAAGGAGAAGCUGCGCACGGAUGCUGAGAGCCUCCGCCAGUCCCUGGGCCCCUAUGUGGAGGGCCUGAGUGGGCAGAUGGAACAGAAGAUUGAGGAAUUCCGCCAAACCGUGGGCCCCUACGGGGAGGCCUUCAACAAGCAGCUGGUGCAGAAGGUGGAGGAGAUGAAGCAGAAGCUGGGCCCCUACGCUGGGGAAGUGGAGGAUCAUCUCAGCUUCCUGGAGAAGGAUGUGCGGGACAAGGUUGCCUCCUUCUUCAGAACCAUCAAGCAGAUUGAAAACUGAGGGGGUCCCUGAGAGGACUCGGCUUCGCUUCCUAUCGCCACCUGCUCACCCUCACCUCCACUGCACAAGACAAGCCACUGUCUACCUCAGAGCCGGGGCGAAGAGCACUGGAACCAGCCCCAGGACAGGCUCAGGGGCAUGCCGGCUCUUCUGCAGCUCAUGCCACAGAGCGGGAAAGGAACCCGGAGCUGUGAAUGCCAGGAGACCUGCACAUGCUAGAUGACUGUCUGUCUGUGCUGCUACUGACUUUCCUGCACUUGUCCUUACUCCAAAAU